UCUCUACAGGAGGGAUGCUGCUCUCGCCGGCGACAGCAUCAGUACCAGUUGGCCUGAUCGUGUGGUGGAUAGCCCGGGCGGACGGAAGAAACGACAAAACCCAUUCGAUCAUCCGGAUCUGCGGUCCGGCGUUAUGGGGGAUCAGAAGGAGUCUCUGCGUAAGAUCUGCACCACGCUGGCGCUGAAGAAUGAGGAAAUCCAGGACUUUAUCUGCUGCCUCAAACAGAGCCUGCAAAACCUGGAGUCCAACUCCAGCCGUGUGCUGGAGGAUCUGGAGGCAGAGUUUAGCUCUCUGUACUCAGUGCUGGAUGAGCUGAAGGAGGACAUGGUCACACGGAUCAAGCAGGAGAGAGCCAGCCGCACAUAUGAGCUGCAGAAUCAACUGAGCGCGUGCACCAAAGCCCUGGAGAGUUCAGAAGAGCUGCUGGAGCUGGCCAAUCAGACGCUGUGCUCCUCAGAGCCAGAUGGCUUCAAUCAAGCGGCCAAAGAGAUAAAGCAUAGUGUGACGAUGGCCCCCGCAUUCCGCCUGUCCCUCAAGGCCAAGGUCAGCGACAACAUGAGUCACAUGAUGGUAGACUUCACCCAGGAGAGGAACAUGCUGCUGGCUCUCAAGUUCCUGCCAGUCCCUGCCACUCCGGAUAUUCUGGAGUCAGAAUGCCAGGUGUGUGACAACACUGUGACAGUGGUGUGGACGCUGCUGGAACCCGACAGCAAAAUCGACCACUACAUCCUGGAGUACCGCCGCUCGAACCACGAGGGCCCGCCCCGGGUGCGGGAGGAGCACCCCUGGAUGGUAGUGGAAGGCGUUCGCCAGACGGAGUACACUCUCACAGGGCUUCGCUUUGACACACGCUACAUGACGUUUCGCGUGAAGGCAUGCAACAAGGCUGUGGCGGGAGAGUUCUCUGAACCCGUAACCCUGGAAACAAACGCCUUUGUCUUCAAACUGGACUCGGGUUCCGCCCACCAGAACUUGCGCGUGGAGGACACCAGCGUGGAGUGGGACGGCACUGGGGGGAAGGUGCAGGAAAUUCGCAGGGACAAGAACAGAACCAACUCGCCCCUGCACUCCCCAGCAAGAAGCGCAAUGAUGUCCCCGAAGAGAAUGCCCUCAGGUCGAGUUGGGCGUGACCGCUUUGCAGCCGAGUCCUACACCGUGCUGGGUGACACGGUGAUCGACGCGGGUCAGCACUACUGGGAGGUGUGGUUCGACAAAGAGAGCAAAGCGUUCGGGGCGGGCGUGGCCCUGCGCUCCCUGGGCCGCUUCGACCAGCUGGGGAAGAGCGCCUCCUCCUGGUGCAUCCACCUGAACAACUGGCUACAGCAGAGCUUCAGCGCCAAGCACAACAACAAGGCCCGCUCGCUGGACUGCGCCAUCCCCGACCGCAUCGGGGUGUACUGCAACUACGAGGAGGGAGUUUUGUCCUUCUACAACGCCAGAACCAAGCAGCUGAUCCACACCUUCAGGGCCAAGUUUACACAGCCAGUCCUGCCUGCUUUCAUGGUGUGGAAUGGUAGCUUCUCAGUGCAGACGGGUCUGCAGGUUCCCAGCCUGGUUCAGUGUGGCCAGAAGAGAAACAGUGGGACCAGCAGCUCCAGCGCCAGCCUCACUUAGAACCGGGCCCCUGCCAGGGCCACUGCAGCGUCGAUACCUGACUAGGCCUGGUGCUGUCAGAAGCACGCGCUGAUCCCAGUUCAGCCCGACCUGGUCCGGGCUGUAGUCUCUCCACGUCUUCCACUGAUCCAGGACACUUUAACACACCCCUGUCUCCAUUCCCCCCUCCUCUGCCCGGACCGCAGUCCAAGAACCUCCAUCAGAACCUCAUCAGAACCUCACAAUGCUAAUGCAUCUGUAAAUAGGAACCAGUUUCCAUGUUCAAAUUAUAUACCAGGGUGCUGUUGUACUGGUUACUACAGAUUUACAUGUUUAAACUUCAUAAAUUAAACGCUAAGCACAAAAGCCUGCUUGAAUUUUAUCCAGAUCCAGAGGAAACAGUAAUUAAGAGAGUAGAAGUAUAUUAGUCUCUGAACCAGCAGCCGCGCUUCGCUUUUGACAGAUGGUGCAUCAUAUAGCAUUGUCAGCAUCAGUGACACUACACAGGAGACUGAUUUCAGAUCAGCCGUUUGAGUCUGGGGAUACCGCUGUGACACGAUGGUUUUGGUGGAGCUGGGCAGGAUUCUGCACUGCACUGCAUGCAAAGUAGAAGUCCAGUGUUAGAGGUGCUAGAGUAUUGCUCUUGUAAGGCGAGGUCACAGCUUCAGUACACUGUAACACACCGAUGGCGGGGGCUGGGGUCGAAAUCUGUUUGUUCACAUAAGCUUUCACCUGCGAGCACACCAGUUCCGCUUUGCUAUCCGUUUAGAAUUCAGUGUUAGCGUGCCAUUGUGUUGAGCUACACACAUAACUGGGUUGAAUGGCCAGCGAGGGUUAGUGCAUUAUUCAGUAUUUUAAUAAUAUAUUUCACAAUGCUUCCAGCUGAGAAUUUCAAACUGAAUUUGUAUUAUGGUGAAAAAAAAAACUUGUAUAACCUUGUAAAUGCUUUAAUUUUCCACUCUGUCUCUAUCCCUCCGUGUCAAUAAAGGACAUGACCUCAA